AUGUCUCACCGUGAUCCAUCUGCUAACCAACUAUUAGAGUAUGCUAGAAAGCAAGGGAACAAACCCGACAGGUUAACAACAUCAGGAGGUAAUCCAGUUGCGGAGAAAGACGCAAGUUUAACUGUUGGUUAUCAUGGACCUACCUUACUACAAGACUGGGUUUUAAUAGACGAAUUAUCCCACUUUAGUAGGGAAACGAAUACCUGA